AUGCGCCCCCUCGUCACACCCGCGCUACGCAAGGCGGUGUUCUCGCUUGGUCCGGCAUGUGACACGCCUGCGGCGCUCCGUUCCCUCUUCCGUGCCCCUCCCGCUGCCCUCGCCCCCGUCGUUCGCCUCGACCUGGCCCGUGGCGGGUGGCGGGCGACGUCGCCGCCGCCGAUCCCGCGCAAAGCGGCUGCUGCUGCGCACCCGGCACCGCGGGCUCUACUUGCGCUCUACGCGCAAUUGCGGUAUCACGCCCGGCUCGCCGAUCGCGCACGUGCUGCCGCCGAUGGCAUGGCCGCCGGCCGGACCACCCCGCUCUGGAUUGACCUGCCGGACUCGGCGCCGCGAUCAGCCUGCCAUGCCCGGCUUGAGCUCUUGCCGCCCGGCUCGGAGCUGCGGCUCGCUGCCGGCCGCAACAACGAGGCACUGUUCAUUAGAGGUCAGUGCGCGCAAGCGACGUUGGCAGCAGCACGACCCAAGGACGUGGUUGUGUUUGAUGGCGGCGCGCUGACUGCACGGGUGACCGGUACCUCGCCUCUCGGCGUCGUCUCCGCCAGAGUGCUCCCGGCGCCCGGCGCUACGAGCCCGGCACUGCCGCUGCAUGCUGAGAUGGGCCUCGUCCGGCAUCUCAAAGGCGGACAGGUGAUGGACCUCUGCCCGCCGCCGUCGCUCCUGUGGGACACCGUCCCGUUUGCCAAGCGCCUCAAGCCGGAGUUUGUCAGCGUCUCGGCUGCGGUCCUCGCCGCCGAGCCGGAGACGCUGCCUCGGCUGCGCGAGGCGCUGGCAGCGCCCACACUUGCCGCUGAGCACGAGUGGGUUGAGCAUGCUCGCGGCGCCGGGACGGCGAAGCGCGGGCUGGCCCAGCUCCCCCACGUCCGCCUUGCGUUGAGGCUCGACUCGCUCGCCGGUCUUAACGCGCUACGCCAUGCCCCACAGCUCCUUGAGGCUGCCGACGUGCUGAUCUUUGACACACGAGCUGUACUCGCGCCGCUCAUCCACCCGUCACAGCCGAACAAGCCCCCUCGUCCGGCGGCGGUCGCCGACGCUGCUGCUUACGUCGAGCACCUCGCUGACCGCGCCCGCGCUUCCGCGAUGCCCGUCGUUCGGGUCUCCCACGCGCUCGACAGCCUCAUCCAUCCGCAGGCUACCGUGCCGGCACCCGCUGAUCUCACCUUGCUGCUCGAUGAGCUCUCACGUGACGGCGCACGUGGAUGUGACGCACUUGCGUUUACGUCUGUGGCGAGCUUUGGCUCUCACGCCGAGGUUGCGGCCGCUACCUGGGGUGCCCUGGCCGCACACACAGCAUCGCAUACGCGGCCGGCCGGCGAGCCUGUCCACAUGCACAUCGAGUCUUGGGCGCAAGUACCCGAGCUUCUGCACGCGACAGCUGGUGGCGCCGUUGUCCACGCCACUACGCCGCACAAGACGCUCGCGCGGCAGCUACAGCUAUUGUCGUUUGUUGUGCCUGAGCAUGUGCGGUCAGUUUGAGUGCGAGCGGUCUGUCCCGUCAGCAGCAGCCAAAAAGCUUGCUCAAGCCGGUAGGAGCCGGGCGAUAAGGGACAGCCACGGUGAGGACAGGCUCCUCGGUGAGAUAGACGAGCCGCUCAAAGCGCAUGGCGGUGCCA